UGUGUGUGAAAGAUUUUGGGUUACGGUGAUCAACCAUCCAGAGUUCCUCUUCGACAUUCCAAAGACGAACCAAGUGAAGGAUGCCCUCUCUGUCAUCUCAAAUGCAUUCACUGAUUCAUGUGUAACUAAUGAGCUUAAGUUUUCCCAGCACACAGAUGCGCAUCGCCUGCUAUAUGCCAAGGAGAUUCCUACUUACCGCAAUCUUGUAGACUCCUUCUAUGAAAGCAUAAAGAACAUGCCGGAGUUAGAUCACAUGGCGAUGGAAAAGCAACUUAAGGAAACGUCUAUGGUAAGGUUAACUGUCAAGUAAUAUAAUAAUAGGACUCGC